AUGACUACCUCGGACGAAGUCAAUACAGCUAGACAUUCAACUUCAUCCGAUUCAUCAUCACUAAUCAACAUAUCAUCCAUAUCAUCUCGACAACAAGCUAAUUCACCUUCGUCUACAAACACUUCUUUCGAACACGUUCCUGAUCAUGCUCAAAAAGGGGACAGUGGGGGAGGUGUAAACAAAGGCAAAAAAGCUAAAUUACUUUAUUGUAAAUCACACGUAUCGAUACAUCCUACUUCUUUCAACAAAGAUAACAUAUCAGGAUAUCUUGGUAUAGUGGAAGUUGAACAUGCAGUUCCACAUUCUCUAGCCCCACAUCUAGAUUCAACUGCUCAAAAUGGAGGAGGUAGAAAAACAGAAACUUUGGUUACAUGGGUUCCGGAUGAAUUACUCGAUAGGAUGGAUGUAGAAGAUAGAGAAGGAUACAGAAGAGUUGAAGGCAGAAGUAAUCAAAGUGAACAUGACGGAGAAGAGGAAGAUGGAUUCGUAUUCGUGUCUCUCCCUCCGCCAAAAGGAGAAAAAUACGCUUUCUCAAUCCCAAUCACCAGUAUAUAUAGUAUACUAGUUUAUCCUCCGAGCUUGUCCCACUGGUAUGGUUCAGCGACUUUCAACUUAAUGGGAGGCAUCUCACUACCAACUUUAUACUUCCAUGAUGACGAAUCACCUCUUCUCGCUACGCCUCACGCACCAAAUACUCAACAACCACUUCCUCGUGCACAAUGGGGUUUCCCACCGUUCUUGUCUCUUUUAGAAAGCAGAGCUACAGUCGUCAGAUCUCGGCUUCUUCAAUCAAGGAAGAAUAUGGGUGCAGAGCUUUGGCUCGUUAACCCGAGUAAAUCCGAUAGAGAGGUACAUGAAGCUGGGUUGGAAGAAGAACCUGAAGCUAUACCACCUCAGCGUAAACCUGUACUCGUCAAUCAACCAUCCGAACCUCCCAAAACUGUGCCAUAUCCACCUAAACAAUCGUAUCCCAACACGGCUGUUCUGAACAAUGUUACACCGAAGCAAACCCUCAUGACAUCUCUUUCAAACCUCACAAACCUCUCUCGAAAAGCAGCUUCACAAGUACUCUCACAUCCAUUAGCCCAACCUGUCGUUCCCCAUUUACCACCAGCUGUACGAUCAUUGGUCCAUGUCCCUGGAGAAUGGGAGAGAACAGGAAGAUUACCACCAAAGACCGGAAAAGCAAGUGAUGUAGCAAACGAAUUUGAGUCUGCUCGAUUAUAUCUCGCUAGGUGGGCAAGAGUAGUUGCUGAAGAAGGUGAAAAAGCUCGUCGGGAUGAAAUCGCUUCUCAAGCUCGUUUGCGUAGAAGUUCAGGUUCAGGUUCACUUUCACCCAUGGAAGAUUUAGAGAGUUCAUUAGGUGUAUUUUCAAUGUUACCUAAAUCAUAUUCGAAAAGACCUAUACCAAAUCCAACUAGAACACCCCAACAUCCAAUUACAUCCAGAGAUUGGGAAUCCUUUGCUGCUCAAGGAAGAGAUGAAUUAUACGUGAGAAGAGAAAUUUUCAAGAGAGGUUUCACAGAUUCAACUGAAUCCGAGGAGAAAAAAGCCAGAAGAGAAGGUUGGGAAGUCUUAUUGGGUAUCAUCCCUUGGUCAAUUGGUGGAUUGGGAGGUGGAGAAUUGGGGAAAGAGAAAAGGAAGAAUCAAAGGGAAGAAGCUAGAAAAGCCAAAAGACAAGUGUAUCAAGGGUUGAAAAGUAAAUGGAAGGUUGAAGUGAAUUUGAGUGGUGGAAGAGAUGAUUGGAGAGAAGAAUGGCAUAGAAUCGAUGUCGAUUGCAGAAGAACAGAUAGAAAUCAGUCAAUAUAUGCGGUUCCCUCUGAUGCCGCCAAAAACGGUAAUCAUGAAAAAGAAGGCGGUGGUGCAGCUACCAGUUUGAGAAGAGGUAGUAUAGCCGAUGACGGACAAGGUGACGAAGAAGAAGGUGGCGUGGCAGCAUUGAAUCCACAUAUUGCUGCGCUACGAACAAUCUUGAUGACUUAUCAUACAUAUUCGCCGGAUUUAGGAUAUGUACAAGGCAUGUCCGAUCUGCUCUCACCGAUUUACGUGGUAUUCGAUGCCAAUGAGGCGGAUUCUUUCUGGGGUUUAGUAGGGGUUAUGAAGAUGAUGGAAAGUAACUUCCUUCGAGACCAAAGUGGUAUGAAACGAAAACUGUCAACCUUACAGCAAUUGAUCAGUGUCAUGGAUCCAGAAUUGUAUGCUCAUUUAGAAAGAACCGAUUCGUUAAACUUGUUCUUCUGUUUCCGAUGGAUAUUGAUUUCGUUCAAGAGGGAAUUCAAAUUUGAGCAAGUGAUCAAAUUAUGGGAGGUACUUUGGACAAAUCAUUAUUCCAAUCAAUUCAUCUUAUUCGUUGCUCUUGCUGUACUACAAUCACAUCGAGAUGUACUGAUCAGGUAUUUGACUGAGUUUGAUGAAGUUUUGAAAUACGCAAAUGAUUUGAGUGGAACUAUCGAUCUCGAUACUACAUUAGCUCAAGCUGAAGUGUUGUUCUUAUCAUUCAAGACUUUAGUAGAGGAUUUGGAUAAGGAGACACAGGUAGAGCAGAAAGGUAAAGAGGGACUAAGACAUCGUAAAACUCUAAGCGAUACAUCUGGAGUCACUUCCAAGAAAGAGGGAGAUGACAGCGAGGAGAAUAAAAAGAAGGAGAGAAAAGUUAUCUCGGAGGAUUUGAGGGAAUUGCUGAAUGGCUGGAAGGAAUAA